UCACUUCCAGUACUGAAAAUCUAUAGUUCAUGUCACAUAUACUAUAGAAUUUCAGUACUGACAGUGAAUUUCGGAACGCAGCCACUAUCGCAAGCAGCGCGUCAUCGAUUGUACCAGCUCUGUGGAGUAAUUUCUGUCGUACGCAAAUUUAAAAACAUUAAAAUGAGUUUUGGUUUGCCAUCACUGAUCCCUAAACCUACUAUACCAGAAAAAUUUAACAUUCAAGAAGGAAGUAGUUAUGGAAUAUCAAGUCCUAUGAUAUCAGGCUUGUCAGCCACCAAACAGAACUUUGGCCCUGUAAAUCAGUUGCAAGCUUCAGAAAAAAAUUAUCAAAGAAACCAAGAUCGUAUGAAUAUGGUGUUACUUAAAAAUACCCAAGGAUUACAUGCUCCAUUACGUAUAGCAAUGGAAUUAAAAGCAACUGAAAAGAUUGGAAGACUUCCAUUUUUAUCAUCAUCCAAUGUAAUGCGAGAUGUUCUGCUUGGAAAAGACCAAGAUAUAGGGUUUGAAGACAUUUUCAAUACUUCUGAAUUCAGGGAACAGAUGGGACAACCACAUGCUGUUGUAGAAAAUCAUUUUGGUUUUCUAUUGUAAAAAAUCCACUAAUGCAGCAUAAUCAUCGGGCGAGUCACUAGGGACAGAAGUCACGAUACCGGUACCUUUGUCUUCUUUUAUCGUCAACAUCGGCAAUGCGUAGAUCAUCUUGUUAAAAGUGAGAGGAGCUUUCAACGGUAGUCCCAAUAUAUCCUGAAAAUAUAAAUUUUUGAUUUAAAAACUCUGCAAAUGUAAUUGAUUUCUAUUGUAUGAAUAAACAAAUCAUACUUUGCCCGUAAA